AUGAAACGCGGAAUGGAGAUGAGAUACCAAUACCCGGCACAUCCAUUGCUUAAAACGAAAAUGGAACCUGUGGAAGCUUAUCAAAAUAGAAAAGAGAGUCAAACUCUUGAGGAACUUGCUCUUUUAGAAGGUGAUGAUCAUGCUAUCGGCAUGGAAGGACUUAUAAUCAGAGAGAGAAUCCUUGGGCCUGACAAUCCAGCAAAUCUGCAACCAAUCGGAUACCGGGGAGCUGUUUUAGCUGACUCUGAGGAGUACGAGCUUUGUUGUGGUUUGUGGCAACGUGCGUUUGAGAAAGGAGUGAAGAGCGCUGUUGCAAUAACACUAAAAGAUUUUGAUAACCUUGAAGAUGCUGCAGCUUUCUUUGGAAUGUUGGUACAAAAAGGUAUACCUUUAAGACCAGAUUUUAUUGAACGCGUUUUUGAAGCACUGGUUACUGCAAGUGAGAACUCGCGAGAGGAGCAUGAAAACGAGGAGCAAGAAAAUACUCUUUACUGUGCUCUCUAUCUUUUGAUGAUAUACAUCAAAGUUAAAGAUCAAAACGCCAACAUAACUGACUUUCUACAAAGAUUCUUGCGUUUAAACCCUCGAACCAAUGAUGGAAAUACUUUACUGCACUUAGUUGCAUGGCACGAAACCCCAAUUUUUUCGUAUGGUGAUGAAGAAAUAGAAGACAUAAUGCAAAGUGUGUGCAAGUUUCCAUGUGUUGAGACCAUGAAGCUUAUUUUACACGCAGGGUGUGAUGUAAAUGCCGUUAACACCGAGGGAAACACACCUCUCCAUCUAGCUGUGACGUUCAAGCCUGCUGACCCUAAAGAAGUCGUGAUUUUGUCAGAAAUGCUGCUGUUGCUGUUAGAAAUAGGNAGGUGAUGAUCAUGCUAUCGGCAUGGAAGGACUUAUAAUCAGAGAGAGAAUCCUUGGGCCUGACAAUCCAGCAAAUCUGCAACCAAUCGGAUACCGGGGAGCUGUUUUAGCUGACUCUGAGGAGUACGAGCUUUGUUGUGGUUUGUGGCAACGUGCGUUUGAGAAAGGAGUGAAGAGCGCUGUUGCAAUAACACUAAAAGAUUUUGAUAACCUUGAAGAUGCUGCAGCUUUCUUUGGAAUGUUGGUACAAAAAGGUAUACCUUUAAGACCAGAUUUUAUUGAACGCGUUUUUGAAGCACUGGUUACUGCAAGUGAGAACUCGCGAGAGGAGCAUGAAAACGAGGAGCAAGAAAAUACUCUUUACUGUGCUCUCUAUCUUUUGAUGAUAUACAUCAAAGUUAAAGAUCAAAACGCCAACAUAACUGACUUUCUACAAAGAUUCUUGCGUUUAAACCCUCGAACCAAUGAUGGAAAUACUUUACUGCACUUAGUUGCAUGGCACGAAACCCCAAUUUUUUCGUAUGGUGACGAAGAAAUAGAAGACAUAAUGCAAAGUGUGUGCAAGUUUCCAUGUGUUGAGACCAUGAAGCUUAUUUUACACGCAGGGUGUGAUGUAAAUGCCGUUAACACCGAGGGAAACACACCUCUCCAUCUAGCUGUGACGUUCAAGCCUGCUGACCCUAAAGAAGUCGUGAUUUUGUCAGAAAUGCUGCUGUUGCUGUUAGAAAUAGGUGCAGACCCAAAGCUGCCAAACAAGAAUGGUCAAACAGCACUGCACAGCUGUGAGACUAACGAGGCUCGUAGAAUACUGUCAGAGAAAAGAGGACUGAGUGCCAUGAACGUCGACGUCGGAGAUGUAAGAAAGGUUUAAAUGUUAACAUAUUAUAAUUCUGUAAAAUUAUUUCUGUCACCUCUGUCACGAAAUGAGAGGAGUACUUACUUCCGUGUCCAAUGUUGUGUUUAUUAUAAAUACGUCACACUUGUCUGCCAGUCUCUAGCUAUCUGCAUGAUCUGGACGCCUGGAGAAGGCUUAAUUAAUUUCCAAAAUCGUCUUUUCGAAUGAAACGAUCCAUCGCAAUGCCGUGAUAGCCACAAAGGCACGUAGUAGCAUGUACAGAAGCCACCUAGAUUAAGCUAUAUAAUAUAGCUAACGGGAGCGCGUGAAUGUUCUAAAGCGGCCCAAUUGUUACUCCGGACAAUUUACUGACUAAGAACUGUUAUGAACCAUUCGAUUGAUGUUAGCGAAAAAGAAUUCACACUGAAUUCAAAUUUUUCCAACUAUAAGAAGUUCAAAGAACAAAUAAGACUGAAACACUAACACAUUCUUUGUAAAUCUAUUUCGCAGGCGGAAGAAAGGGAGUUUUCCCAAUUUCCUGUUUCAUUUCCCCUCGCAAUGUCUCUGCUAUUUUUUGCCCCCUAGCCCCAAACAGAGAGUCUGUUUACCAGGCUACAUAAGUGCCAUAUUCCUGAUGGAUUUAUGACAGAUCGUGGUUUAAAGGCGGCUAAAAGAAUCGUUUAAAUAGUUUAGAAUAUAGUACGUUUAUUGUACUAAAUUACUUUGGUAAUAAACAUAUCUGAGGGGGCAUGUCCUUCUCUUUUUCCAAAGGUUGGAAAAAUAGGAAGUGGAACUGAUAAGAGGAGAGAAGGAGGAGGAUCUCUUAGUGGAACAGAAAAAGAUCUUAAUGAAAACACGCAGAAGGAGACUCAAACAAAGGAAAUGUCAGGUAUAUAAGAUAAUCAAGGGCCAUUAUGGUUCUUGAAGAGAGUCUCAUUAAGGGAUUAAUAGACCUUUUUGCCGAUACGGCGGCCAUAUUGAACUAAUUCGAUUUAAGGAGCAUUAUGGGAUGUCCAGGGGGCAUGAGCACGAUCAGUUGAAAUAUGGUCUUUCACUGUAUAUUUCUCGGGAAAAAGGCUAUCAAACACGGAAACCUCGUUCCCAGCGUUCUCUCCCACCCGCCCUACCCGUAGGAUGGUUAGGAGAGAACCCUGGGAACGAGGUUGCCAACGGCACGGCACAACGGUCUUUUUUCCCAUUACAAUCUUAUUUUAAGAAAACUUAAAGAAAAAAAUGCCCCGAACGGCGCUCGUAAAUGCUAAACGGAUUGUGCUCAUGACCCCUGGGCAUCCCACAAUACUCCUUAAAUCUAACUUAUUCAAUAUGGCCGCCGUAUCGGUAAAAAGUUUACUGUUUAAGAAGAAUAAUUGUACCCUGGAUAAUCAUGAGCCGUUAGGUGCCAGUUCAGGUGAGGUGUAAACAGAGAGUAUAUUUCAAACAGAGGGACUGGGGCCAAUGGCCCGAUGUGGUGGCUCCCUCAUCGUUCAAGGCGUUAGAAGAUAUUUGGUCUGUUCUCACGGAUGGACAUAAUGUAUGGUCAACAAAAAAAUAAACAAAAACAAAACCCAAUAAAAAAAAUUGAAUUGUAUUUGUAAUAAAUGAAAAAUAAGGUAAACCCAUGACAGCAAGGCCAAGAGAAAUACAAGAGAGGGGAAUGAAUACCUAAUAUAGGGGUUAAAAAUUAAAACCUAAGCAUCACACCAGGUACAUUAUUACCUAGANUCUUAAUGAAAACACGCAGAAGGAGACUCAAACAAAGGAAAUGUCAGGUAUAUAAGAUAAUCAAGGGCCAUUAUGGUUCUUGAAGAGAGUCUCAUUAAGGGAUUAAUAGACCUUUUUGCCGAUACGGCGGCCAUAUUGAACUAAUUCGAUUUAAGGAGCAUUAUGGGAUGUCCAGGGGGCAUGAGCACGAUCAGUUGAAAUAUGGUCUUUCACUGUAUAUUUCUCGGGAAAAAGGCUAUCAAACACGGAAACCUCGUUCCCAGCGUUCUCUCCCACCCGCCCUACCCGUAGGAUGGUUAGGAGAGAACCCUGGGAACGAGGUUGCCAACGGCACGGCACAACGGUCUUUUUUCCCAUUACAAUCUUAUUUUAAGAAAACUUAAAGAAAAAAAUGCCCCGAACGGCGCUCGUAAAUGCUAAACGGAUUGUGCUCAUGACCCCUGGGCAUCCCACAAUACUCCUUAAAUCUAACUUAUUCAAUAUGGCCGCCGUAUCGGUAAAAAGUUUACUGUUUAAGAAGAAUAAUUGUACCCUGGAUAAUCAUGAGCCGUUAGGUGCCAGUUCAGGUGAGGUGUAAACAGAGAGUAUAUUUCAAACAGAGGGACUGGGGCCAAUGGCCCGAUGUGGUGGCUCCCUCAUCGUUCAAGGCGUUAGAAGAUAUUUGGUCUGUUCUCACGGAUGGACAUAAUGUAUGGUCAACAAAAAAAUAAACAAAAACAAAACCCAAUAAAAAAAAUUGAAUUGUAUUUGUAAUAAAUGAAAAAUAAGGUAAACCCAUGACAGCAAGGCCAAGAGAAAUACAAGAGAGGGGAAUGAAUACCUAAUAUAGGGGUUAAAAAUUAAAACCUAAGCAUCACACCAGGUACAUUAUUACCUAGAAAUCGUACCUCUUUCCCCUUGGCCGUGGAAUGACGCAGCUGUAGAAGAUGGAUCCUAACCUCUCGGAGUUGGUAUUAGAGUGAGGGUAAGAGAGGGAGGGUGAUUGUCUGUUUUUGCUCUGUGGGACAAUAAACUUACGGCGGCCUCCUUUUAUCCUUCUUGAAGGACAAUUAAGGGAUCUGACACAGCAGUUGGAAAGUAUCCAAGAGCAACUAAGACAGAAAGAGGGACAACUGAGGGAAGUGACACAGCAGUUAACAAAUGUUCAAGGGCAACUUAAGGUGAGAGAUGGAGAAUUAAGGAAGAUGACACAACAGUUUACAAAUGUUCAAGGGCAACUGAAGGAGAGAGAUGGAGAAUUGAGGCAGAUGACACAGCAGUUGACAAAUGUUCAUGGGCAAGUGGAAGAGUUGACGCAACAGUUGAAAAAUGCUCAAAGACAGCUACAAAGAAAAGAUGAAGAAAAUACCACCAUGGGGGAACAACUGAGGGAAAAAGAACAAGAAGUGAAUGAACUGGAAAUAUCUCUUUCAACAGCUCAACAAGCGUUAAGUGAACAGUCACCUGACUGGGUCAUUUCACGUGAUCAAAUUCAGCUGACAAAGAAAUGCAUUGGUAGGGGAGGCUGGGGAAGAGUUUUAGAAGGCAAGUAUUGUGGCUGUACUGUUGCCGUGAAACGGCCUUACCAGGCGCUUCUGAACCUUUCUUCUCGUAACAGAGAAAAGUUUGAGCGGGAAAUGAGCAUUGCUUCAAAAUGCCGCCAUCCUUGUUUGCUGCAAUUCAUCGGAGCAACAAACGAUGAAGGAAGAAGACCUUUGUUCGUGACAGAGCUCAUGGAAACGAGUUUGCGAAAUUUGCUGGAGCGGCGAUCUCUUUCUACAAUUGAAGUGGUUGUUAUCUCUCUGGAUGUGGCUCGAGCAUUAAAUUACCUACACCAAAGGAAACCACGCCCCAUUAUCCACCGUGAUAUCAGCAGCGCCAAUGUGUUGCUAUGGCGACAAGCUGACCAAUGGCGAGGCAAAGUGGCGGAUUAUGGUGCUGCUAAUUUUAUGCAGCCUACCAUGUCAGCUUGUCCAGGUGCUGCAAUAUACAGUGCUCGUGAAGCGUUUACUGAAAAUCAAACUGUGAAGGUGUGUCGUCUGAAAUCUUUAACCUGUAUCUGUUAUUUCUUUUAACUUGUAACAACUCUUGUAGGAUAUUUUAUCUCUGCGAGAAACCGAAGGAAAAUCGUCAUGAUUAUAUUUGUCAACUACUGCCUCUGGGUCGAUUUGUCCAAAGCUAGGUUAAGAUAACCAUGGGUUAAUGCGAGAUUUGAAUUCAGAUUUGAAAGCUUAAAAAGCAUUUCAGUUUUAAUUUUUUUUGUCUAUAAGUUGAUGAUUGGAAGCUCUAAAAAUAGCACAGAAAAUUAUCCGAGGACACAAGAAAAGAAACCCGAAUUCAAUUUAACCCCGGGUUAAGCGCUAAUCGGCUUUUGAACAACUGGGCCCUGAGCUAUAUGAAGCUUGUGGCAGGCUAAGCCAUAUACUAGACAGCCUAAAACAAAAGACUAAACAGAAUAAACAAAAUGUAUAAAAGAUUCUUUUUUCGCUUUAUAAAAAUCUGAGUCCUUGGAAGGAAAAAAAACCUAUGUCUUAUUUGAAUUUCCGCCUAAGAGUCCUAACUUUGAAAGUGUCGUGAGUGUAGAAAGAAUUCAAAUAACUCAUAUGUAAAUGGUUAUCGAAAUGCAGCUAUUAAUAGUGUUGUUAUCCUGAAUAUACAUAUCUUAAGUUAUCAACGUUCUUUUCUUCGUCGUCAGGUCGAUGUGUACAGUUUUGGUGUUCUCCUCUGCGAGAUGAACACUGGAAAACAGCCAGAUCCUGAAGAGCGUGAAGAGCAAGUCGCCAUGGUAACAAACCACGCGCUUCAAGCCCUUAUCCGGAGAUGUUUGCAUCAAGAUCCUCAAGACAGACCUAGUAUGGAAGACAUCAUUGGUGAACUAGAAAAACUAGUUUGA